GCCUCUGCUGCGAUUGCUCCUGCCUGGGUGAUUAAUACCCCGAAGUGCCCCGGGGUGGCUGCUGGCUCCGGAGUCACCUGCGCAGCCACUCCCUGUCCCCACUGUGCCUAUAGAGGAGGAGGCAGCUCAGCAGACAGAAGAGAAAAAUGCACAAACAGGUGCAUUCGUGCAAGUCACCGCACCCCUCGGCUCAGGGCGCUCCCUCGGCGCUUCAGCACGGCUCCUUGGGCUCCGGCCCACGGGUGCCCGGCGCGGUGGCUGCGCGAUAUUUCACCCGCAAUCAUUAACUCCGGGGUUCCUGCCCGGAGAGCGUUUGGCGCUAUAUUGCACCCAUAAAGAUAACUGCGAUAGCCGCGUUUGCGCCCCAGACGCGGCACCACCCGUGCAUCUGCUCUCCUGCUCUUUCUCCCCUUUCGCAGGAGCUCAGGCCGCUGGAACAGCAGGAGGCAAGGACCAAAUUCCGGCCGUCGCCCGCCGCAGAAUGAAACGUUCCCCACUCAGAUGUUCGCCGUCUUCCUGCUGACCUAAGUGCCGAAGAUUGCAGCUCCCCAGCAGCCGCGUCCUCACUGCCCUGCAAAGACGUCCCGGCGAGAAGUCCCUCCCCUCGCCCCCAGCAGAACCCAACCUGCUGCUCGGCUCUGCUUUCCCAUUCAUGGAAAUGCCCCAAAAUUUAAGCGGAGAAAAUGGCUUCCCUUUCGCUCAGGCGCUCGUGUUUUCCAGCCCGCCUGCUCCAGUGGAGAACGGCUUGAGUUUUGACACGCCGAGCCCCAAGGAUGCCUGUGACACGCUGCUGAGCAACGGCACUUUGUAUUCCGGCGCGAGCAGCCCUUCGGACUCGUGCACGAAGCCCCUCUGCGACGCGGCCCCGGAAGAGAAAGCGCAGUACGGCGAAGGGAUCAAAUAUGUGUCCGCGGAGGAGGAGGAACUCGCGUGCGGGUGGGGGGCCUUCACGCCCGGCUGUCUGCAGUUCUUCAACACACCCAAGGGCAUCCUGUUUUUCCUCUGCGUGGCAUCCUUCUUGCAAGGGAUGACAGUGAACGGCUUCAUCAACACGGUCAUCACCUCCAUCGAGCGGCGCUUUGAUCUCCGCAGCUACCAGAGCGGGCUGAUCGCCAGCUCCUACGACAUUGCGGCGUGCAUCUGCCUCACCUUCGUCAGCUACUUUGGGGGGAACGGCCACAAGCCGCGGUGGCUGGGCUGGGGCGUGCUGGUCAUGGGCCUCGGCUCCCUGCUCUUCGCCUUGCCCCACUUCACCACGGGCCGCUACGAGGUGCGUUUCUCGGAGGACGUCGGCGUGUGCCCCUCUAACCAGAGCCUGGCCUGCUCGGAGGCGGUCUCCAGCCUCACGAACUACAGGUUCGUCUUCAUGCUCGGGCAGUUCCUCCACGGCAUCGGAGCCACUCCGCUCUACACUCUUGGCGUGACCUAUCUCGAUGAAAAUGUCAAGACUAACUACUCCCCCGUGUACAUUGCCGUUUUCUACACUGCUGCAAUCCUUGGGCCUGCAGCGGGUUAUCUGGUAGGAGGAAUGUUUCUAAAUAUUUAUACUGAAAUUGGCAGAGAGAUCGACAUCACCCCGGAAAACACGCUCUGGGUGGGGGCCUGGUGGAUCGGCUUCCUCGGGGCAGGAGCGGCCUCCCUCCUCAUCUCCAUCCCCAUCCUGGGUUACCCCCACCGCCUCCCAGGAUCCCAGCGCUAUACUGUCAUGAGGGUGUCGGAGGCCCAUCAGCUGAAGGACGGGAGCCACAAAAAAGCAUCAGAUCCUGACUUUGGCAAAACAGUCAAAGAUCUGCCUCGGUCAGUCCUGCUCCUUUUGAAGAACCCCACCUUCAUCUUCCUCUGCUUAGCGGGAGCCACCGAAGCCACCCUCAUUGCUGGCAUGUCCACAUUUGGACCCAAGUUCCUCGAGUCUCAGUUUAGUUUAAGUGCCUCUGAAGCUGCUACUUUUUUUGGUUAUCUUGUUGUGCCGGCCGGAGGGGGAGGCACAUUCCUGGGAGGAUUUCUUGUGAAUAAAUUUAAACUCCGCUGCUCAGGAAUCAUCAAAUUGUGUUUACUUUGCACAGUGUCAAGUCUGCUGGCUAUUUUCAUCUUUUUUAUUCACUGCCCUAACAUGCCUAUGGCAGGAGUAACCCAGAUGUACGAGGGAAGCGCUUUGCCGGGAGGCCGCCUCAACCUGUCGGCAGCGUGCAACGCCGAGUGCGGCUGCCUGCGGCAGACCUACAGCCCCGUCUGCGGGCGCGACGGCGUCAUGUACUACUCUCCCUGCCACGCAGGGUGCAAAGCGUCCAGAAACCUCAGGAGUGGCAAGAAGGUCUACAGCGAGUGCAGCUGCAUUGCCGAAAGCCACCGCCCCGGCGAGGCGGAGGCGGGGAAAUGCACCUCCUCUUGCGCAAAAAGGCCCCUGCUCCUCUUCUUCAUGUUCGUUGUGAUCCUCUUCACCUUCCUAAGCAGUAUUCCCGCUCUGACAGCAACUCUGCGGUGCGUCCCCGACAGGCAGAGGUCGUUCGCGCUCGGGAUCCAGUGGAUCGUAGUACGAACUCUAGGAGGCAUUCCCGGCCCCAUCGCCUUUGGGUCGAUGAUUGAUAAAUCGUGCCUGCUUUGGCAGGACCAGUGCGGCGAGCAAGGUUCCUGCUAUGUUUACCAGAACUCAGCCAUGAGCCGAUACACCCUGAUUGCUGGACUCGUCUACAAGGUGCUGGGAACCGCCUUCUUUAUGGUCUCCUGUUUACUUUACAAACCACCGCCAGCAGAAUCCGCUCCGGCAAGCUCGGGCACGUCUGAAAAUGGCAACUGUGACCUCCAGGAAAACAAACCUUCGCUCCAGACUGAAGAGGAUGAAUAGCACUAUAAAUGUGCAAGUGACUGUCUCUCUCUCGGUCUCCAAAAUACUAUGAGAAGACAUUAUUCAGUUCCUAGGAUUUUUUAAUUAAUAGUAAUAUUACUGCUUUUUUAGCUCGAGAAGGAUAAUUUAAUUAACCACUGGUGUGCUUGCUAUUUUCUUAACAGCAGAAGCACAUUUAAAGUUGUGCGCUGAUGCCAUAUGCAGUUAUUUAAUUUUAUUUAAAGAAAGGGCUACUAUAGCUUUAUUCCAUGUCUGUAACAAGCAAGGACCACAUCCUCCACUAGUGGAAGCAGGCACCAGUAACUCCAAUGGAGUGCGUGUGGCUUAAGCCACCAGAGGAUCUGGUCACUAAUAUCUCCAUUAUAAAGCCAAGUGUAGCAAAGCUUGCGCUGAGGCUGCUUAGGCCUGAAAAGAGACCUGCUGUCCUGCAAUCUGCAUUGCAAAGAGGACAGCUGGCCCUUAGACUACUGUACGCAAAGCAGGCAGCCCAGACGGUGUCUUCUUUCUCCCCGUGACGCAUCCAGCAUCGCUUGCCCUCCGCGCCAGUGUGCUCUGGCUGUGCUGAACUCUUCUGUUCAGCAUCUAAUUGUGAGAGCUCAUAUUACGGUGCAAUGGGAGAUAGGUUUAAGACGGGAUUUGUCUAGCAAAUUCAUCAGUACACUACAGGUAGCAACCCCUGAGUGCUGUCAGAUGCUGUACUUUCCCUGCCUGGUUUCACUUGCAGGAUUUACGGCGUGGUGACACUUCAUUUUUGUUGUGUUGUUUAAAGGCCUUUCGUAAUGUACUGUACAAAACUUGAACUUAUUUCUUGCUGUUAUUCCUUGGAUGCUUUGCUGUGGGGUGCAGGAACACCUAAGAUACGGAUCUAUGCAAAGCUUCUCUUUGUUUGCUCUGUAAAGACGUUGUUUUGGAGUAUAUGUGAAAAAACAGAAUGAAUUUCAUUGUUUUCUGUAGACUUCUGGCUUUAAGGGAAAGCUUGCCAUAAUGACAGACCUUGUUGUGUGAAGUGGGUGCUGGACUGUAACCGGCCCGUUGUUUGCAAACAGAGAGCGCAGUGUUCUCCAAAUGGCCUUCGAAUGUGCACUUGCAAUAUUGAACACGUGUCGUUUCUAAGGGGUAAAGAACAGGAUUUCGGUGUCUGACAGGCGCACGUCUGGGUUCCAGACUUCCCUAUACAUCCCCAAUCAGGCCAGUUUACUGCUUAGUCUGCCGAUAUUUGCACAGACAAAAAAUCCAGGUACAGCUCCGGGGGCAGGCGACGGCCCGUGGGAAGGCUGGGGCCGACCCGGGAAUCCUGCACUGCAUGAAAGCAGCUCGCGGGGCAGGUCGCACAGUGCUGAGCUGCAUAACUGGCACUGAUUUUGUGCCAGGUGCUAUUUAGAAUUACUCUGUAGAUAUUUUGUAUAUUUAUGUUUUCAUAAGCAGACGCAGGAUGGGAAGCUGGUUUUAGUUCGUUAUCAAAGGACCAAAUCCGCUCCGAGUGAAGGCAAAGCCUGCUCGGGGUUGAGCCUCUCCCCUUGCAAACGGGGAAUGCGGUGCUGGGGGUGUGGACGAGGCUGAGGUCGAUCUUCAUCCCCUGAGUGGCUUUAAAGAGCGCAAACCUCUUCCAUUCGCAGAUCCUCUUCAGCCAAAGCCCGGGAGCUAGCUUGCUCUUUCAAAAGUCCAGAUUUGCCAACCGUCGUCUAGCGCUGGAAGGACUUUGGUGUCUCUGGUGACAUGGUCACUGCUACGAGACCUGGGAGCGUUAACGGUGAGGUGGAGGGGGGCUUGGUCUGCUUGAGCAUCAGCAGCCGGUGCCAUGUGGAGGGAGGGGGCAAGGGUGGCCACAGCACCAGGCUCACGCUUUUUGCUAUAUUGCAAACCUCUGAGUAUGGUUUUGGGCACAAAAGCGCAUGCUUUGGAGCACGUGCACCUCUGAGCAGCCUCUCCCCGGAGGUGGCCGGGAAGGGGACGGGCAGGUGGCCACGGGGGACACUGGGAGCUGCUUUUCCCAAGGGCUCGUAGGCAGGAAUUAACCCCAGCAGUACAGAAAUGCCAAAAGAUUUUCAUAACCACCCGGUUUCGUAGCCACGUGCAGCCAGGAGCGCAUCCCUCCUGCCCUGUCCCAGCGAUCGCCCUUCGCAGCUUACGGACACUUCGGCUAUGAGCAGGGAUCUUCAGAAGGGGGAAAUGCAUGAAUGUAUUUUGGGAACAUAUUUUAUGUAUGAUGUAUUUAUGAAAGGUAGAAGCUGUGUUGUUUUGUUUCUUUUUUAAUAUAUACAUAUAUAUAUAUAUAUAUAUAAAUGGAUAUUGCAAUGCAAUUCUAGUGUUUAUAAAAUGAGCUUUAUCUGAAUGUGUGUUUCAAGAGCAAAAGAAAACCUCGCAGGGUUCUGGCGGCUUAUUAUGUCGAUGUGGGACUGAAAGGUCUUGGGCUUAAUGAAGUAGCAAAAAUGUGUUCUUAUUCCAUAAACAUGUUAUGUAGGUGUACAGGUAAUUAAAAAAAAAAAGAACUAUUUGAAAGUAUGUUUCCCAAUCUUGUAUAAAGUAUUAUAUUGCUAUAAAAAGAAUAGAAAUAUAACCAGUAUUUCACAGGUG